AUGUCCUUCGCGAAAAACAUUCCAGACGAGCCGAUCGAUAAUUCAAAUAUGCAGAUCGAUCAGGCCCGAGGGGAAAAGCCAAUGGAGCGGCGCCACGAUGAAGAUGACAACGCAGUAGAGAAAACGCACGUGGUCUCCAGUGAUUGGCUGGCUCUUGUUUUUGGGAGUGUAGGCACUGCCAACACCUUCCCUUCAAGUAGGUCAGUACCGGUUUUGGCGUGGAUUGACCUGCAUCGCCCUUGUUGAUCGGUGCACGCGGUUGGUCCGGCGUCUUAGUCGUGGUUUAUUGUCUGGAGACACGGGGGCAGUGACUGAUACCGAUGACGGUACAUCCGAAGGGGCCGCAGCAGUGGUUUCGGGAACUGACCGAUCUGUCGGAAUGGUGAAGGUAUCCAGUAGGAUACCCCACGCACCGCCACACCGCCUGGUCUAAAGGACACACGCGAGCAGGAGUUUAGCUAUCAACAACAAAGAAUGGCGACUGGUGUGGCUGAGGCCGCACCGUGGGCUGCCGCCACACCCAGCUCAGUUCCCAUGGUUUGGGAGUGCCAUAAAGGCCACAUUAAAGAGAAGUCAUUGUGGCCGGACUCUUAGACUAACAGCCGGCCACUCCACAACUGUAAGGCACACAACACUGGGCCGACUGUGAGGUCCAAGUCAUCUCGUCAGAUGGCAAUCUUCCAUGCCACGGCCUGUAGUGCACCAUGAUAACUUCAAUCGCGUCAGAUUGCUUGUAGUGAGGAAAAUGUGCUGAGUCGUCCACCUUAAUCUCCCUUCCCAUUGUGAAAGAAGGAUGAAAAUCUGUUACUGGACUAAUUUCCUAGCAGUUGACCAUCGGAAGCCUUUAAAAGAAACGUCCGCAGGACGUAGAAGAAACUGGCAACAGUGUGUUUCCAUGUCAGCUGAAAAAUAAAACCAUCUGGACAUCGGCCCUAGUAUGCGAGAUAAGCACUAAAGAUACCGUUGUCGAGGAGACACACAGUCCGGAUAUUUAGGAUUUGGGACACCACAUACAGGUAAAUCUAAGCAAAUAUGGACCGUAGUAAUAAGGGUUUAUUGUACAACAGGUCGUAGCAUGAUUUUGCUGAUUAAUACUUAUCGGCUGGAGAGGCCACAUUUUCUUGCAAUAUGAUCACAGGUUUAAGAGGUGAAUCUCGGUGUGAAGCCCUCUGCAGAAAAGAACGUGAGCAGCUGUUUGGCAAGGCAUGAUAUUUUCGCAGUAAGUCACAUGUUGUCUAGAGUAGGCAACAGGAUGUAGAAUGCACGCUGGCUGUUUUCGAGCCAGUGCAAGGGGUCAAAACAUAUCGCUUCCUCCACAGAAAACUACGUUCACGAUGACUAUUGAAUUACAAAUUCUGAAUCAUCCCUAUCACCCCAUGAAACUUCCACGGUAUCGUGCGACUGUGUUGACGUCUAUUCCUAGUCCUACCUAUGCGCAUAAGUGGUCUAAUUCGGCACGAUUUUCCCACGCGUGGGAACGGAAAUGUUUUGUUCUCGUUGCACUGGUUGCACAACAGGCAGCGUUUUUCCCUAAUCCUGCAGUCUUAACAGGAUGAAAUUUGACUUGCCACGAAGACAUCGUCCAUCGCCAAAGGCCACUUACGAACAUUUCGCCAGAAAACUUCAGACCCCGUUGCAUCUCUCAGAUCCGUGAUCACAUGCUGUUGAACUGAGCCCGCUACAGCUUAUUAUACAAUAAUACGAUUUUAUUGCGGAAACUGCUAUUAAUAUAGUCCGAUUUAUUUAUUCGCAAAAUCGUGGAUAAAUGGACGCAGCCUAUCCUGCACUUCGUUAACUUUACUGCUACCUAGUGCGCUGACUUUAGAUUUUCAUGUGAUAUUCUCGCUUCGUUCAAUUUUGCAUUUUGUAAAUGUAUGUAGCAAAAUACUAGGCCGUCCUUAAGAAAACGCCCGUAUUUUCUUUUCGAAUUGUAAAUAUUCCCUUUCAAGUGCGCUGCGAAAUUACAAACGGCCGUAUCAAGCAACAAUGCACAGAUAUUAAUUUGCACACUUUCCCACUUAAGAUUACAUUGACCAAAAAUUUUAUUUUUGCAGUCAGCCGCUAUAUUCGUCAGUCGUACGCCUGCACCUUUUCACCAUAUCACAACAUGCACCUGACCGUACUGGACUCAGUCAUUAAACAUUGCAUGUUUAGCUGAUGCUUUCAUUAAGGUCGCAGAUAACAGCGAUUUUGUCGUUCUAGGAAUUGUUCGCCCUUCUAAUAUUUUGCUCAAUAUUCACAAAAUUCCAUUUGUAUGCCUCCCAUUUUUCCACCUCAUAAAUUAACAUUCCUCUUCAUGAAUAAUGCCCAACUACAGUAGGUGGUCUGGCUCAUGAAAUGUCAACCGAAGUUCCGAAAUGUGUUUUCGUUUCGAAAAGUUUACUUAAGUAGCGUUGCAAAACUAAUCAUCAUGCAGCAUAAUGCUGUGAUAAUUCCGUGUUCACAGAAUACCGGCUUUCGGAUGCACGUUUUUCCGCCUGCAUGCAAAAACUAUACACCUCAAAACAUGACUUCUUACUUAGCAUACACUUUUCUCAUAGAUGUUCAAUGCGCUUAAAAAUUCAACUAUAUUUCGUAGAAACCAUGCAUAGAAAUGUAAAUUAUUGUGCUCUUUUGGUAGAAAAUGCCGUCUUCUUCUAAGUUUACGCCCGAAGUAAGGGCAAAAAUCGGGUUAAAAAACAGUUCCAAGUCCCGCAUCAUUUUGAGCCCGACCUAUCGACCGUUUGCUCACAGAAUUUACAAUGUCUCAAAUUCACUACAAAUUUGAUGAACGCUAUGUAUUCUCCUUUUAAUAUAAUAGAGAACUGUAUGGUUUACCAUACGCGGAAAUAUACGGUCUGUUGUUCAAAAACCCCGAAUUCAAAUGAAUUCGGGAAUCGGAGAAGCUUUUAAAACCGAAUCAUACCCUUACUUCGAGUAUAAAAUUAGAAGAAGACUUAAUAUUCCACCGAAUCAUCAAAAUAAUAAAUAUUUUUACGUAUGUUUUACAUGGAAUAUAAUUGACUAUUUCAGAGCCACGAACACAAGCGGGAAAAUUCAUGUUACUUCCGAGGCCAUUUUUUACAGAGUGCAUUUUUGCAUGCAGCUGAAAGACGUUCAUCCGAUGGCCGGCAUUCUCAGGGAACUGAAUAAGAACAGAAUUAUGCUGCAAAUACUUAGUUUUACAGCACUAAUUAAUAAACCUUUUCGAAACGAAAAGGCAUUUCGUAAUUUUAAUUGAGAUGUUUUAAGACGUUUGAAACUACAGAAGUAGCUCUAUUAUUCUCUUCUACGCUUACUAUCGAUUUAACUUAGAAUAGCUGAAAUAUUUGAAUUAACUACAAAAAUGAGCUUCGUGCGUGAUAGACGCAGGAAGUAGUUAGCUAAUAAGGGUGCGAAUGCUUCUAGGUCUGUAGCUCGUGUUCUCUGCCAAAGAUCGUCAACUAAGUCCCAUCAAGUCACUCCACCUUUCCUUAGUUCCUACUAGACCUUCAUUACAGAGUUGUCAGGAAAAUGAGAUUUGUUAAGUUCAUUCGGUGCCAAUAAUUUCACCAUUGAAAUUAACCCCAUUCCUUUAAUUUCUCCGUCGUCUAAUGCCUCAACCAUAACCAAUGAAUUUGAUCCUGCGAAUAUGCAUAAACAUAUGCGCCAGCUUAAUAACUUGCACUCGGUAGGAACUGGCAACAUCCGAACCCCUUUAUUAAGCAGCUCAGCAUUUUUGCUUCUCUGUUUAGCAAAUUCUUGUCCGUCCAUGUUGAGAAUGACUUUUUUCUUGCCUAUUGAAAAACUUCGUUUAUUACUAUACUAGUAAUUAAAUUUGGUUGCUGUUGUGAUGUUAGAAAAUGUGGAGGUGUCCAUAAAGCGCAUCCUUUCGUCAAAAUCCUUGAAAGAAUGUUCGUAUGACGACUGUGGACCUCUUACAGUCAGUAGAUUCAUCAGAUCCUCCAAAUUUGUCGUCUUACCCGACCGCUGUUGCGAAUAAUGUCAUCUGCUGUUUCUCAAUCUAUUUACUUCUAUAUUUAAUGAUUGUCUAUUUGUGGUAGUUACUUAUUUUACCCUUGAUAAAGCCUUCGACGAAGUGACUCUUAGUUCAAUAAGGAGGUCCGAGACCAGUUAUAGAUAUCUAAUCGCAAACUAAAAAGUUUUAAUGGGAUCUUCAUUAUUUGAUAAGAGCCAUCUGUUAAGUGCUGUCCUGUAAGGUACCAAUUUAGGUUCUCUUUUACUUCUGCUCUUCACUUAUGAUUCUUCGUCAGCAAUCAGACACUAAAAACCUCUUAUUUAUGCUGAUGAACCCAAACGCGUAUAUAUAUAUUCCUUGAAUCUACGAGCCAGUAUUGCCUAGAUCAAAUUCAUACUACUUUGCUUGCCUUCUCAGCGUGGAGCUCAAAAUGGCUAAUGGAAAUGCACCUUAUAGACCUGUGAUCACAUGCUGCUGAUCUGAUAAUGCUACGACCUGUUGUACAAUAAACCGCUAUUACUACGGUGCACAUGUACUUAGAUUUGCCUGUGUGUGGUGUCCGAAAUGCUAAAUUUCUGGACGGUGUGUCUCUUCGAAAACGGUAUAUUUAGUGCUUACCUCGCAUGCUACGGCCGAUAUCCAGAUGGUUUUAUUUUUCAGCUGACAUGGAAACACACGUAUCUGCUGUAGUCUCUGAUGAUGGGUUCCAGCAGGAACCCGAAACGUCAGGCUAAUAAAGUUCUUGUCCCAGCGAUGGUACAUCCUUCUUCGUGGAAUCACACUGUUGGCAGUUUUUUCUACGUAGUACGGACGUUUCAAUUGAAGGCAUCUGAUGGUCAACUGCUAGGAAAUUAGUCCAAAAACAGAUUUUCAUCGUUCAUUCACAAUAUUCUGUGCAAUUCUAUAGAUGCUUUCUUUCUCACUUGCUUAGUGUGUCGUUAAUGCAGGCUCUCAUAUCCAUCUCUGUCUACUUCAGGUUCUUGUAGCACCCUAAUAACUCACCAUCUCCCAAUAUUCUGAACGUUACUGUCUAUUUACUCCUUUCCCUAGACAUUCUAGUUUCCUGCAUAAGAACUCGAUUUCAUGCCACAGAGUGUAGGAACUAGCACAUGCGGAUAUAUAGAGGAAUUUUCUGGGCAUUGUGUAUUGUGUGGUGGAGGUAGUUUCACUUGCCUAAUUAAUGAAACGUUAGAAGUUUCUUAUGAUAAUAUUUGGAAAUAUAACUAGCAGAGAAUUGGAGUGUCGUGAAACAGCGAUGAAGAAUUCAAAUAGUCUAAAUAAAAUUAAACAUAAAUAUAAGUCAGUAAGGACUAGUCUGAAAUGCUCAAAAAUAUUCCAAUGUUUCUGAGUACUGUGCAUUUGGGGUUGGAAAUGCAUACAGACCCGAUGGAACCAUCAGGCGUUAGGUACUUAUACCGAAAAACCCGCUGCCACCGCAAGAAACGUCUGGAGUCGUUUAUCAGAUUUGCUGCAGUUGCGGACAAAGCAACGGCCAUACAUUCAAAUUCGACGAAGCCGAAACUCACGCUAGAGGUGACAACCGCGUGAUCCGCGAGCUGCUCGAGUCAUGGUUCACUGGCCCUCAGUCAAUCAACAAGUGCACGGUCCUUCCUCUUCCAUGCUCGGUGCUAAGAAAUGGUCUAGCCAGAGUAAUUAGCCAAGCGGGAAGCGCACGGGUGAACACGUAUCCCAACGCCAGGGUCGGUGGGUCAGACGGUCGAGCAAUCAUCACAUCAACAUCCAACACACGUGAUGGGAUUGCGGCAAUUAACGACGCGAAGGUCGGCCCUCAACUAGUCAUCACACCAAGUGCAACGAUCCCUGAUGAAGUGGGGGAGGAGCUGUGAAUAUUCGUAGGUAUGUGCUAGCAUUGCGACCUCAUCCUACAAAUACUUCAGCCCCUUUGUACAUGAGCCACACGUAUCUGCUUUUGCCUCUGAUGAUGGCUUCGAGUAGGAAUACGAAACGUCAGACUAAUAAAACUCCUGCCCCAUAGAACGCGCGUCCCAUUUCACAAUAAAUUUUAAACGUUUUGUCUAACUUCUCACAUGUGCGGCCUCAUUUUAUCAGGCAAGGAAGUACGCAGUGGUAUAAAUAGUUCAUUGAUUUUAUAUAACAGACAGCCUCCGCCUUAUGUCACGAAUGGAAACGCGGCCCUGGGAUUAUAAGAUGAUUUCUUUACCUCCCAUCUCCCUACCUACUCGAGCGAAACUGUCAUAGAAAAAUAAUAAAUGCAGUCGCCUGUACAAUCUCUACUUGAUAGCGCAUUUGGCUCGGAUUGGUUACAGCCCCUGAUCGUCUUACCAUGUCAUGCUAUUAUGUGUUUUUCAACGCAAUAAAAUCCAAAUUGUCUAUUCUUCCCUGCCAAUUAAAUUCCCAUCGACAAGCUUAGGCAUUAUUUUUGACUUUCAGGCGCUAACCUCAGUCCAUAGAUCUAAUUUGUCCGCAUUCUAACCUCAUAAUUGAUCAUUCGCGGCAGAAGAGGAUGAUUCUUUAUGUUAUGCUUUCGGACUAUAUUAUGUUUCCAUGCUCAGCCUCACGUAAUGCAUUUUUGUAUCACACAAUCAUCCUAACUAAGGGAGCAUUAUUGGGUCUAAAGGGAUAAUGAGGGGUAGUCAGUGCGGUGUGGUAGGUGAGAGUAGUAAAUAGGAGGUAUCGGAAACGAUAGAUUAGCUUGAUAUGCAACAUUCAUCACGUAGAUAGGUGAAGAGGUCACAAUCGCAGCUGAAACUGUCGUUACGGAUGCCGAAAUUAAAAAACGAAGUCACUUUGGAGAACGACGGAAUUAUGCCCACUAAUCUGGUUUGACUAAGAUUUUCAUGCGUGCUACUCAUGUGUAUUCGGUAGCCUGAAAUAACUAGAUUUUGGGAGUGCAUAAUAUUGUCAACGCUAAUAAUUCUGCAUGUUGCUCAGAGUCCAUUAGUGCGUCACGGGCAGAAGUCUUAACGCAAUAUGCUAAAACCUGGCGAUGGGAUGAGGGAGGGCUAUAGUGGAACGCCCACCUUACAAGUUAGGAAGUUUAGGAAAGCAUAUUAAUUCAUUGUUGCUUGCCGCCUGCAUUUCGCAAAAUGACUAAAACGGUUCGGACUUACCUAAACUACGAUUGCGUAGAUAACAACUUAAUAAAUAGUUAUAUUGGGUCAUAGGAUCGGUAUAGCUUUCUCGCCUGUAGCGAUGAAACAAUUCACUUUGGUGUCAUGUCCAAUGCUUCCAAGGACAGCCUAGAGUUUUUGCCGCGUAGAUAUCUCAAACCUAAUUCUUCAGAUUACCUUGUUCCUUAAUUUCUUCUCAAGAGACUAAAAAGUUGAGACGGCAGUUGCGUGACCUAUCCACAAUUUCCUUAUCCGUUCAUCUCCGAAAUGGCCUCAAGGAUGUGCCAAGCGAGCGACAGGCAGAGAUACUCACUUACUCUUAGUGAUCCGAAACCUGGCAAAUCCGUCGCUAACAUCCCCGUCACCGGUCCUCCUCUAAAUGUGGACACGAACUUCCACCCCUGCUAAACAAUAACAAAAUCUUCCUCAUCGUUGACACUGACAGGAUGAAGUUGUUGAGUGCUGUCUUUGUAAAACACCUUAUUACUGAGUCCAAACCAGUCCCUUUCUUUCGUUCACUUUCAGAUGUUAAUAACUACCGGGGCGUGCACAAAACACCGUCUCUAGCAAGGCGCUGGCUGUCCUUGGUCGCGCACGUCGCCAACACCAGAACUGUUUCGACGGCAACGACGCCGCCAUCAGCAAACUGCUCGCCGCGAAGAACUACCUGCACGAAGCCUUCGUCGACUGCCCCACCGAUGACAACAGAGAUGUUUUCUACCGUAGUCGUUGCCCCCUUCAACAUCGGGGGCGCGAAAUGGAGGGCGCCUGGACGGCUCGCAAGGCCGAGGAGAUCUAG